AUAAGCCGUCUGGAGAAGACAGAACUGUUUUCAUGAUUCAGACAUUUGUAUGAGCUCCAGAUCUGUAAAACCAUGGCCUUCAGUGCUCUGAGGCGAAGUCAGAGGGAUGGCAGAGGCAUAGGCAGAAACACUGCAAGGAGCGAGAACACAGAUGAAGAAAUCCGAAUGGUGCUGAUCGGAAAGACAGGAAAUGGGAAGAGUGCAUCGGGAAACAACAUUCUAAAUCGAAAGGCCUUUACGUCAGUCCUCUCUCCACAGUCUGUGACGUCAGAGUGUGAAAAGGCCAAAGGGAUGGUGGAUGGACGCAGGGUCGCAGUCAUCGACACACCAGGAAUAUACGACACAAAGUACAAAGAAGAUGAGGUGCUCAGGAAGCUGAAAGAGUGCAUCUCUUUCUCCGCUCCCGGCCCACACGUGUUCCUGAUUGUGGUCAAGUUGAGCAGAUUCACAGAGGAAGAACAGAAAACUGUUGAACUUCUGCAGCAGGUGUUUGGUGACAAAGCUGCAGAUUACUCCAUGGUUCUCUUCACUCAUGGUGACCAGCUGGGACAGACAAAAAUUGAAGACUUUUUUAGAAAAAGUCAACAACUUAGCCAUUUGAUCAGAAAAUGUAACGGGCGGUAUCACGUCCUCAAUAACACACUGUCCGAUAACAGUCAGGGGCCGCAGCUGCUCGCAAAGAUAGUAAAGAUGAUCGGUGAAAAUGGAGGAACGUUUUACACAAAUGAAAUGUUCCAGGAGGCUGAGAAAGCGAUCCAAGAACAGCAACUAAAGAUUUUGAUGGCCAGUGCCGAGCAAAAACUCAGAGAAGAGGAACAACUGAGGGCGAUGUUUGAAGGAGAGCGGCUGCAGAAAGAGCUGAAUAAUCUCAAUGAUGAGUACAAACGAAAAUCGCGAGAAAAGGCAGAGAGGAAAAACAAAUUCAUUCACACUGGUCUGGUCAUAACAAGUGCUGAAGUGGGUAUUGCAAUCGGUGCUGGGGCAGCAGCUGUUGGAGGUCCAAUUUGCAUCGCCGUCGGAGCAGCGGUGGGCGGAGUAGUCGGGGCUGUAGUGGGAGUCUUAGCACCAGCAGCAGUGAUAGCUCUGAAAAAUAAAUGCUCUGUUCAAUAAAAGAUGAAGGCCACUGCAUUUACAUGGCCAGUGUGCUGAAGAAUAGAAAAGCACUGACCAAAGAACUGACACAGCUUCCUGUCACAGAUCAACAUUAUAGUUACUUUGUGGUCUGAUAUAGGAAAGCGGAAGUUAAAGCUGCACUGAUGUGUAAGGGGAAAGAGAUCAAUCGUAGUGACAAAUGCAGAGAUAAUUAUCACAGCCUCUGCAGUUCCUCUCAGCUUGAUGGAGCACUGUAGUUUCUCUCAGUUAUUUUUUUCAGAUUUACAGCCCACACAUUGACUUUU